AUGCGCAAGGUUGGGAAUACAUUGCCCUUCUCCCCCAACGCGGUGCCUACCAACCCCAAGGCCUGGGAGCUUCCUCUCGAUCAGGAAGGCCGUAUAUCCACCUCGGUAGACGACCCUGUGAAAGCUGGCGCUGUAGACUACGUCAUAUACAGAAUGAGUCUGCACCGUGCUCUUCUGCGCGGGAAGGGCUACUUCGAUGUGAUCGUCAACAGAGGGAAGCUGCCGGAGGAUGUCAUUUCUCGCCUAGCUCUCACCAGUCUGGAGUCUCAACUAUGUGAGCAUGAUGUUGCUGGGUUGCCUUGGGAGAAUUUCCUUGCUUUUGAGGAUAAGCUCUACGCCGAUUGCAUCGUCGAGGAAGCGUUGCCUCAGGACCGUGUUCGAUUCCGUGGAUUUCUCUCUGCCGUCUUCCUUGGCCUUGGCCUCAUUACGGCACCCCCGGGAUUCGGAAAGACAACCGCUGGAGCUGCCGCAGCACUUGCCAUGCAAGCCAAAGUCGGUCAAGUCUUGUGUUCCGCGCCAACGCAUGUGGCGGUGGACAAUUUCUCGAGCCGUAUCGAUAAAAGAACACGCGCAAUUGCCAUGCGAUACAAUCAAGGCAAGAGACUAGACGAUGCAAAUCGCUGCCGCCACCGUCUUGUCGUUCGAGCUUACUCGCCCGGUGAUGAGGUUAUCGCCUUCAGGAAUCUCCUGGAGAACCCUGACCUUGGCAGUGCGGCGAUCAAGUCCGGGCAGUUUUCUGCACCCUCGCGCUGGAAGCUACCUCUCUCUUUGGCAUACUGGCUUCUGGUUCUGCUCCGCUCGCCCACCGUUCCUGCAUUGGACCCUGAUGAUAGUAAGGACCUUCACGAACUCCAACAGGCUAUGGAAAAGGAGGACGACUUGUCGAAGCUCCGACAGGUCACGCAGGGCGAUAUCACUUGGGAGGAGUACAGCAAGACCCAGGAUCCCAAUGGGACCAUCCAGCUCUUGAUGUCGAGGGUCAUGCGCAUAGCCGACUUCCUCUGCACAACCCCGGCAAACGCCCAGAAGAAGCCCUUCUUCGCCUGGGUAAAGGAACGGGCCAAGGGCAUUGCUGUUGAUGAAGCAGGCAACAUGCACCGGGCUGACCUUUAUGGUAUCUGGGGCAACACAUUGCUGCCGUGCUUCCUGAUUGGCGACCCCAGGCAACUCCCUCCGAUAGUCAUGACCACCAAUGAGGUAGAUGCCAACAAGAAUCCCAUCAAUCGCUUUGCUGAAGAUGGCGGGGUUUCGCCCUUGGCUUUCUUCCAGGGGAGCGGCCACCCGGUCUAUCGUCUGAAGACUCAAUUGCGCAUGGCCGAAGGCAUGUUCGCAUCGUCUGCCAAGAUCAUCUACCCUGACGUGCCUUUCACGUAUGCUCCCAGAUGUGCCAUCGAUCUUCCCGAGAACCAGAUUGGUGUCGACGUAGAUGCCUUCUUCCGGGCCAAGUUCCCUGAGUGUGCUCCCUCGCCUGCUGGCUCUCUUCUGCCCAUCUUUGUUCACUGCGCGGGCUCCGUCGUGUUCACUGAUCCUCAGACACUGUCGAAGAAGAGCCCGGACCAGGUGAAGGUUGCCCUUGAUCUUCUUGUUGAUCUCGUGAAAACUAAGCAGAUCGACAUUGGCCGAGUCGUGUGCAUAGUGCCCUAUGCCGCGAACCUUCGCCUGGUCGAGAGCUACAGGAAGCGUCCAGAGUAUUCACUGCUCCAAGGCAUGCCAGAUGCCUCAACUGUGGACUCCUUCCAGGGCCAAGACAACGACGUCGUGUUCCUCAUCAUGGGGACAGCCCAUCCUAGACCUGGACCUGGCUUCACUGCCAACCCGAUGCGUCUUAAUGUCAUGAUCUCACGCCAAAAGUCAGCAUUGGUUGUUAUUGGUGAUAUAAAUGUGGCCAAGGACAAUGAAGGCAAGGUCAUAAUUCACGACGAAUGGACUGGCGAGCUGACCUUCAUGGUGCCUCGGGCGCUCAAUGCGCUCCACGACGACUUUUUGAAGGCAAAGAGGGUGGUGACCGUCACUGUUACGGAUAAGGGCAUGGAAAGGGGCAAGGGAAAGAAGGAGGCGAUAACUGGAGAGGCUACGGACAAGGCUGCCUAG